UUUGGGGAGGUCUAACCAGUGCACGCAGGCUGAUUGUUGCACAUAUAAUGCACUAUACUAGCUGCAGCAAGAUCAGCUAGUGCAUGAAUGACUGCUGACUAAUAAUGCAGCCUAUUAAUAUUCAAAUGCUGGUGGUGGUGAUAGCCCUAGGAUGGACAGUGUGUUGUGAGGCCAGUAAUACCACCAGGACAACACCUCCUGAACAGCCGGGCACAGUCUCUGAUAGCAACACAACCAUUAGAUACUUGAUUGUAGCAUUUGCAGGGGGCUUACUUGCAGUAUCCAUGGUGAUGGUGGCUUUGGUAUUUACUCUGGCCUGCUAUUUCAGCACCUCAAACCUCUACAGAAGGCUGAGGAGACCUAGUAGACCUCCUACUGUCAUAGCAGGUGAUAAUGACGCGUUAACCUUUGUGAAUCCACUUUUCCAGCAGGAAAGAGGUCCAAUGCAACCAGCACGAUUAGUCCCUUCUCUUCGCAAAGGGAAUACGACCACUGUUAUCACUCUACAUCAGAGUCAACAGGAGACAGACACUGUCGGUUACGACCAGUCGAACCAGGUCCCCCUCAAUCCUGCACACAAACUGAUGUAGCUCACUAUUACAUGCAUGGACACACAGGUCUUGACCAAACUGUUUUUUUACCCACUUUUGGUUUUAUUUUCUGUUCAAAUCUUUUUAUUAUUAUUUUAUUAUGAGAGCUUUACAGCA